AUGGAGAACGCAUAUACAAGAACGCCCGAGGAGGCGCUCCAGCAUUUCCAGGUCACGGAAGAGAAGGGUCUUUCAGAGCAGCAGGUGAAGAGCCUGCGAGAGAAGCAUGGCAAGAACGCCCUGCCCGAGGAACCACCUACACCCAUCUGGGAGCUCAUUCUUGAGCAGUUCAAGGACCAACUGGUCAUAAUCCUACUCGGUUCCGCAGCGGUAUCCUUUGUGCUUGCACUUUUCGAGCAAGAGGAGGGCUGGACAGCAUUCGUAGACCCGGCAGUUAUUCUUACAAUCCUCAUCCUGAACUCCGUCGUUGGUGUGUCGCAAGAAACGAGCGCUGAAAAGGCCAUCGCUGCGCUCCAAGAAUACUCGGCAAAUGAAGCAAAGGUCGUUCGUGACGGAGCAAUCAAGCGCGUCAAGGCUGACGACUUGGUUCCUGGAGAUGUCAUCUCUGUGGCAAUCGGUGACAGGAUCCCCGCGGAUUGCAGGAUACUGUCCAUCUCGAGCAACAGCUUCAACAUUGACCAGUCCAUCCUGACAGGUGAGAGCGAGAGUGUGAACAAGGACAUCCGCGUUGUUAAGGAUCAGAACGCGGUCAAGCAGGAUCAGAUCAACAUGCUGUUCUCCGGGACAACUGUCGUCACUGGGCACGCAAACGCGCUGGUAGUUCUGACCGGCGCGAACACGGCCAUUGGAGACAUCCACGACAGCAUCACUUCUCAGAUUUCACAGCCCACCCCUCUUAAGGAGAAGCUCAACGACUUUGGUGAUCAGCUCGCCAAGGUCAUCACGGCUAUCUGUAUCCUCGUCUGGCUCAUCAACAUCCGCAACUUCAACGACCCGUCCCACGGAAGCUUUGCCAAGGGUGCCAUCUACUACCUCAAGAUCGCGGUUUCCUUGGGUGUGGCUGCCAUUCCUGAAGGUCUUGCCGUCGUCAUCACAACUUGUCUGGCCCUGGGUACACGCAAAAUGGCCGCCAGGAACGCUGUCGUUCGUAGUCUUCCGUCUGUCGAGACACUGGGAAGCUGCAGUGUCAUCUGCUCGGACAAGACUGGUACCUUGACCACUAACCAGAUGAGCGUCAACAAGCUUGUCUUCAUCAAUGAGGCUGGCAAUGGGCUCGAUGAGUUCGAUGUCGAGGGGACCAGCUUCGCUCCCGAGGGUCAGAUUUCUUUCAACGGCCAGCCUGUUGAGAAUCUCGCUGCGUCUUCCGCUACUGUUCGCCAGAUUUGCGAGGUUUCUGCACUUUGCAACGACGCUUCUUUGGCCUACGACUCCAAGAACGGCACCUAUGGUAUCGUCGGUGAGCCUACUGAGGGCGCUCUUCGCGUCUUGGCCGAGAAGGUCGGUACCCCUGACGCAAGGCUCAACUUGAGCAAGACCAGCAUCUCGCCCGAAGGCCGUCUUCACUUCUCUAGCAAGUACUACGAACAGCACGCCUCCCGACAAGCUACCUACGAGUUCUCGCGCGAUCGCAAGAGUAUGUCUGUCUUGGUCGGCAACAGUCAAAGCGGAGGUCAGAAGCUUUUGGUCAAGGGCGCUCCGGAAUCCAUUCUCGCCCGCUGCACAUCAGCCCUCGUUGGCAAGGACGGAAAGAAGGUCCAGUUGAACAACCAGUUGGCUAACCUGAUUCAACAAGAGAUUGUCGACUACGGUAACCGCGGUCUACGUGUCAUCGCCAUCGCCUCGGUUGACGACGUCUCCAACAACCCUCUUCUGUCCAAGGCCAAGACCACCAAAGAGUACGCUCAACUCGAACAGAACAUGACUCUGAUUGGUCUCGUUGGCAUGCUGGACCCUCCUCGCCCUGAAGUUCGCGCCUCGAUUGCGAAGUGCCGCUCCGCUGGUAUCCGCGUAGUUGUCAUCACCGGUGACAAUCAGAACACUGCUGAAGCUAUCUGCCGACAAAUUGGUGUGUUUGGUCAGAAUGAGAACCUCACUGGCAAGAGCUACACUGGGCGUCAAUUCGAUGACUUGAGCGAGGCAGAGCAGAUGGAGGCCGCGAAGCACGCUUCGCUCUUCUCCCGUACCGAGCCAACCCACAAGUCCAAGCUGGUCGAUCUCCUCCAGAAGGCUGGUGAGGUCGUCGCCAUGACUGGUGACGGUGUCAACGAUGCACCAGCGCUGAAGAAGGCCGAUAUUGGUGUCGCAAUGGGCUCCGGUACUGACGUCGCCAAGCUCGCCGCCGACAUGGUCCUUGUUGACGACAACUUCGCCACGAUUGAGGGUGCCGUUGAGGAGGGUCGCUCCAUCUACAACAACACUCAGCAGUUCAUCCGCUACCUCAUAUCUUCUAACAUCGGCGAGGUCGUCUCCAUCUUCCUCACUGCCGCUGCAGGCAUGCCUGAGGCUCUUAUCCCCGUUCAGCUCCUUUGGGUUAACCUUGUCACCGAUGGUCUCCCCGCAACAGCACUCUCGUUCAAUCCUCCUGAUCACGACGUCAUGAAGCGCCAGCCCCGCAAGCGCGACGAAGCCCUCAUUAGCGGCUGGUUGUUCUUCCGUUACAUGGUCAUCGGAACCUAUGUCGGCGCAGCAACCGUUGGUGGUUACGCGUGGUGGUUCAUGUUCAACCAAGAGGGUCCCCAAAUCUCUUUCCACCAGCUCAGCCACUUCCACCGUUGCUCUUCCCAGUUCCCCGAGAUCGGCUGCGAGAUGUUCUCGAACUCGUCUGCACAGGCCGCUUCCACCGUCUCACUGUCCAUUCUUGUCGCCAUCGAGAUGCUCAACGCCAUGAACGCACUCAGCUCCUCGGAGUCUCUGCUGACCUUACCGCUCUGGAAGAACAUGAUGCUCGUCUACGCUAUCUGCCUGUCCAUGGCUCUGCACUUUGCGCUCCUCUACAUACCUUUCUUGCAGGGUUUGUUCAGCGUCAUCCCGCUUAACUGGAACGAGUGGAAGGCUGUGCUUUAUAUUAGUCUACCCAUCAUCCCACUCGACGAGGGUCUCAAGUACCUCGAGCGUAAGUUCUUCCUUCAGACGACACAGGUCGAUGAAGAUGCGCCGAACGGACGACCCAAGAAAGAGUAG